CAUAACACAUAUCAAGUACUGAUUUUUCCUGCAUUGCACUUUUAGUGUCCUGAAAACUCUUAAUUCUCUCCUCUUCCAACAACAGCUUUUCAUUAUAAACCAUAUAGUACAAAGAUGGCUGCUGGGCAAAUGAAACAAGUUGCCAGUCUCCUUUUGGUCCUAAAUUUCUGCAUGUAUGUUAUUGUUUUAGGCCUUGGCUCUUGGGCUAUGAAUAGAGCCAUUGAUCAUGGUUUCAUCAUUGGACCUGGAUUUGAUCUUCCAGCACAUUUCUCACCCAUAUACUUUCCAAUGGGAAAUGCUGCCACCGGGUUCUUUGUCACAUACGCUAUGAUUGCCGGAGUCGUUGGAGUGGCAGCAGUAAUAUCUGGAGUCAACCAUAUUCGUUUGUGGACUGCUGAUAGCUUGCCAUCUGCGGCUUCAGCUGCUGCUAUUGCUUGGUCUCUGACUGCCCUUGCUAUGGGGUUUGCUUGCAAAGAGAUUGAACUCCGACUCAGAAAUUCUCGUCUGAGAACAAUGGAGGCAUUCCUAAUUAUCCUUUCAGUUACGCAGCUUCUAUACAUAGCAGCCAUUCAUGGUGCUGCAAGUACACCAAGAAGAUAAACUCGAUUGAAAGUUGAGUGGCAGUGUUUGUGUGGCUUGUCUUGUUUUUCUGCUAUUUUUUCUUCAUUUUUACCACUUGACCGUGUACAAAGCUGGCCAAAGAUUUGGCAGCUCGUUUGCUUGGUGUGAUUCCAUUUGAUUCUAUUUGAUUUGUAUCAACCAAUAAUAAGAAAUAAUUUGCAAAAAGCAUGCUACAUUUCUGUA